GCGUAUAAAAAAUUUCCAAAUAGUGCAUCACAAAAAUCAAUUGGCAUUUCUUUCAACGUAAGUAUAUUCAAAUGAGCAACACACACAGAUUUUUUAUUGAAGAUGGUUAAGGCAGGCUAACUACAGAGGAUGGUGAAGAAGCUAUGGAUUACAUCAUCGAAGAAGGAGAUGAGUUUAAUCUUCGAAAUUUGACGACUUUAACUGCAUAUAAGGAAUGUCAACCUGUUCCCAUUGAACUCGAUCCCGAGGACAAGAAUCUAGAAGACAGAAUUUUGCUAGUCAUUGAAAGAGUCAAUAAGACUAUUGCUAACAAAGUUGGUAAUGUCACGAACUAUGCAACUUAUACCGACGAUCAGAAAACUUUGUUCCUAUAUUACCUGAAAAUUAAGUUUUAUUCCGCAGCUAAAGCAGCUGGGAAAACCGGUAUUGUUGAGAGAAUCUGCUCAAACUUGGGCAAAAAGGAUUAGAACAGAACCAGACUAGAACAUCUAUGAAAAACAAACCAAUAAAGGCAAUCGGGCUAAGAGUCAACUUCAAGAGCCACAAAGAUUGCAUAUUCUUGAGCUUUUUGAUGAGAAACCAUAUACUACGACCGACGAAAUUGUAGAUAGUUUGACAAAGGCUUUUGAAGGAUUUUCUUUAAAGAAGUCAACGGUUAACAGUUUUAUAUUACAUGAGUGUAAUUUGACGAUCAAAAAAUUGCAACAACAACCUAAAGCUCGAAACGAUCCUACGCGCAUUAAUGCAAGGUACGAAUGGGUUAUGGAGU